ACUGCCUGCUAGUCGCACCACUGUCUCUCACUGUUGUCUCUCUGCCACGCGAGCUCUGCCGUCCGCUGCUGUGGAUGUUGUCUCGGUACUGAAUCUCGACAUAGGACUCGACAAUCUCACGCCUCCACCCUCCGACAUGCUCUUCUCAUAAUCGACAAUCCUCACGCUUCACUCGCUUAAUCACCUCGUCAUGGGCAACGCAGCAUCGUCAGACGCGCACGGCCAAUCGAAAGAGUCGGGCAAAGACACAGGCAAACAUUCUAGCAACGGAGGACACACUCAACCACGAAAACACCCCGCAAAGGCUCCACCCCCACCUGUGGCCGCACUGGUCUCUUCACCAGCUGCCUCCAUCGUCACCUCUACCGAACAAGCUUCUGCCAGUCCAAACCAUUCCCGACCACGAUCCGCGACACCGAUCCAAAGUCACCUCCCACCGCUCGACGACAUGGGACAGGCCGACAGCAAGCAGCGGCCAGUGUCGCGUGCGAACAGCAAGCGGGCACCUCCAGCCGCCGCGCCGUCUCAGAAAGAUUCACCACAAGCCGCCUCGUCUCCUGUCACAAAGCCGGUCGACGUACAUCCGCCUGCCGUCACAGGAAACUCUCAACAAGAUGUGAGCUUUCCUUCCGCUCCGCCCUACAGCCUCCCGCCCGUCGCAUCCUACAGUCGCCCGCCGAGACUUCCACUACCUAUUGAGGAAGAGGUGCAUGCUCCAGGCUCGCCCAUAAUCACUCCGCAGGACGCUGAGCUGGAACACCACGACAUCGACUCUGCCAUCCUUCCGCGCAAAUCCAGUGUUCUCAGCUCCACGACCGUUGACGACGAUGAUAUUGGCGACAAUGAGGGCUUCCCACCAGAUGUCGGACAUUCGCUGCAGCUCAAGAUACCCACACGUAUGGAGUGGAACGGUAGCGGCGACAAGGUGUUCGUCACGGGUACAUUCUGCAAUUGGGAGAGAAAGAUGAAGCUACACAAGAACAAGGACAAGACAGGCUUUUCAGCGACGGUCAUGCUGCCUCCGGGCACCCAUCACAUCAAGUUCCUGGUGGAUGGUGAAAUGGUGACAUCGAAUGACCUGCCCACGACUGUCGACUGGACCAACAUCCUCGUCAACUACGUGGAGAUCGUGGCACCCUUGCCUCCCGAUGAAGAAGACUCCAAGCAGCCACCCGCUCCGGCGGCACCAAUGCCGAUUCCCGGUGCCGCGAUCACACGUGGCCAGGCCGAAGCCGAUGGAGAAGGUCUCGCUCGCCCACUUCCUCUCCGCACAAACGAUGACGGCUCAGAUAUUAUCGGAGAUGAUGACUCCAUCGGACCGCGCGGCGAGCGUGCUUCGGAUGCGACACAGAAAGGCAUCCCGGUACCUCCUAGCUCUACGACAGAUUCUGCCAGCGUAAAAGACGGAUCCGAAGCCGCGACCAAAACCAAGGCCGCCGCCAAACCGAAACAGCCGCGUCCGAAAUACACGACCGAAAUUCCCGAGUUCCUGCUAGAUCUCGACAACUACGGCGAGCCGGAGAACGAGCGUUUCCAGCGUGCUCAGCGCGCUGCUGGAGAUCUGCCGCCGCCUCCCAGUCUGCCCAUGUUUCUUAACAAGAGCAUUCUUAACGGCAAUACGCCGCACAAAGAUGACGCCAGUGUGCUCAUCAUGCCCAAUCAUACUGUUCUCAACCAUCUCGCGACUAGUAGUAUCAAGAGUGGAGUUUUGGCCACGAGUGGGACGACGAGGUAUAAGCGGAAGUUCCUCACGACCAUCAUGUACAAACCCACCUCAGAUGAUGGUUGAAGUCAGGAUAGUGAUUACGCAUACGAACACAACGAAUACAGACGGACACAUCCG